CGACGCGCUGCGAGACGCCGUGGGAAAGCGAGUUUUUGCGCGGGACGCGCGUCCCCGGCGGGACUGGUCUCUUCACGCGUGACGGCAAUAACCGCGAGGAGGGACGGCGUCGCCCGUGAGAUCAAGGAGGGGGAUGCAAAGCCGAAGGCUCAGAACGUUGUCGCUGGGGAAGGAUGAACCGAGUCGGCUGUUGGUGGCGAUUCAGAGCUGACUGCGGAGCUGGAGGAGGCUCGUUUGUGCUAACCGCGCUCCCUUUUCGAAGGGCUGGGGGAGUAGUAUCCCGUAGCAGCUGGUGCAGGUGUUGGGAGGGUUUGAUGUUUGACUGCAGAGGGGAGCUGUGUUAGCUGAUAACAGUUCAGCACUGUUCAAAGAGGCGUGACUGGAAGCUUGGUGUGUACCGAGCUGUUUAGAAGUGAGGAAUGUAGAGGCUUUGCAUUUCAUUUUGCCUUCCUGUAAACUCCCCUUGAACCUUAUUUGCUUUCAGGAUAAUGUAAAUGGAGUUCAUAGCCCCGUGUCACCAAGAUUCGCGGCUUUAAUUCACAAUUCCUGACUAGAUGGUGUCCUCUGGUGGGUCCAGUGGCACUUCAUUAGCUCAGGUUCAGUCCUGCAGAAAUAAGGUUUCUGGGGCUGCCUUUUUAAGCUAUCUCUGUGGAAUUGUGAAUUUGGAGUUAAAAAGCCCUAUCAGAAGUACAUGGCAUUAAUUUUUCCUACCCCAAAUCUGUCAUAGGUAACAUUGGUAUUACUCUGCGGUUUAGACUGUUGUUAGAUUUUUGUAUUAAGAGCUGAUAUUGCUGUGUAGACUUGUCAUUCUCUUAUCUUGCAAAAUAGCUGCAGUUCUGUCCCUUUCAUGUUUCUUAAGUCAUAUGCAUGUACAUCAAGUACUAUUAUUUUUCAACUCUCCUCUGACUUGAACCUUUCCUGGAAACAUGGGACCACAUAAUACAGCCAUUUUCUGCCAGGAUCUGGUGGCUCACAUGGUCUCACAGUGUGUUUCACCAUUUCAGUGGCUGGUCAUGUCCGGGCGUUUGUGCCUUUUUUAGGUGUGUAGUUCGAAAGGCAAGGUUCAGCAAUCGUUGCCGAUGGAACCGAGCCCGUGUAGAUGGGCUGGUAGCUCAUUUGUGAGGAUGUGGUCAGAUUCCCGUGGGUGCUGCUGGAUUAGCAGGAGCACAGCACCGCCUGUCUUGUUCACGGUGCCUUGGCAGUGACCCCCUUACCUGCCGUUGGCGUUCUGAAGUGCCUGCUCUGCGGCACCGCGGGGAUGUUUGUGCACAGCUUCCUCUGGGAGCUAAACUUCUGUUUUUUGUCAGUCACAACACAGGGAUGUAGCUUCAAGAGAAGCAUCAUGUUGCCACCAGACUGCCAUUUACUUUUUGGCAAGGCAAGAACAUGUCAUUUUUCCUUUUGCUUAAACACAGCAAUAGUCUGGAUCUGCUUCUGCCGGUAGAGGCAAUGAUGCAGCUGUAUCCAGCUUGCUUGUGCUGGGAACAAACUUUGCCAUUGACCAUCUUCACUGAUUGUGGGUAUGGCCGAACUGUUUGCCUGCAAGAAAUUUCCACGGCUGAUAAGAAUGAACAGCCAUCCUUCCUGUGCAGUGACUGAAAUAGGGAAUCCAAUGUGGUUGUAGGGAAUCACAGAAAAUAGAGGGCUCUCUUCUUGAGGGCUUUCCCAACUGUGCUGGCAUCAUCGAUGUGUGUUGCAUGUCCUUAUUACCUGCUUGUGUCUCACCAGACUUGAUUCAUUAUCAAGGGGAAAAGCGAUACAGAUCCUGCUGCCAGUGAGAAACAAGGCAGUCUGAUUUUGAAGAAUGAUAUGACAGACUACUUGUUGCUGUGUUCUGAAAUUCUACAUGUCGUAUUAAAAGCAACCUGUAAUUUUCUGUGCUUAGAGGCAAUCUAGAUCUUUAGCUUUCAGCCCUUCAUUGCUUCCCUCUGGUACUGCCUCAUGACAGUCACAGUUUAUCCUCUGCAGAGGAAAAAUGCAGGAAUAUAUUAAAUGUUGCAACACUAAGCGUAGAAUGUGUUUAUUAAAAAUAUUCUGAGAUUAUUAGUAGAUUUGUAGCUAUGAAAUUGGAAAGGUGUUGAGAAGUGGAGACAUCUUCUUAGCUGCCCAAGUCAGUGUUGUGCCAUCCCCUGGGUGGAUUCUUUUUAUACACAGUACCUCCUGCACAUUUCUUUUCUACCACUGGGAGGUUUUUGAGAGGCUGUAGGAAAUAGAUCUUAAUCUUUAGUGGGAUCCUAAUGGAUGGUGGAAUGCCGAAUCCAGGAACUGGCUCUGAAUUGACUGCAUUCUGGCUGGGAAGCUACCAGGUCUGUCUGCUCUGUGAAUUAGCUUAGGCUACUGCUAUUGCUCAGUCUAACAUGAGCUCAACAGAGAUUGCUGAUGCUGUUUGACUGCACUCUGUGGUUGACCUGCAAUAUACAUAGCCAACUUCAGGAUUUGCAGUUAUCUCAUUGCCUCUGACUUCUUGGGUACUUUUUCUUUCUGCCAAAUCAUGACUUUGGCCUCUUGGGUGCUGAGAACCAAGCAAGAAAAGUCAUCGUGUUUGUUCUUUUGUCAGGUAGAUAUGGUUCCUCAGGUAAAUACCAGUCCUUUUCCCCUGCUGUUUUUCUGUUCUUCCUGUGGUGGAGGAGAUUGUGGCCAGAACUGCCGUGUACGGGACCGGAACCGGGUGGUAGGAACCUUUGUAUGUAGGUUCUAGACACGCGUGAAAGAAGGGGGCUGGGAAGAGGUGGCUGAUGGAGCAGCAGUAGAGACUGGUGGUCCCACUGCUGAGAUCUCUGGGUCUCUUUAAGUCACUUUUAACCUGAGUGAUGGACAUUGACCUGUGUCACUUCAGGUCAGCAAGAGCCUUUAGUCAAACUAAGAGCUGAGUUGGUGCUGAUGUUGUUGCUGUGCUUGGUAUCUGUGCAUAUCGUGAGCUUGUAGACAGAAGCACUUAGAUUUCAGUGGAAAUCUUCAUGUCUCAGGAAGACUUUGGACAAACCUUGGCUGCCUUAAGCUAAAGUUUAGUAUUGCAAACUCCAGAAUCUUAGCUGAAUCUUAGUACUUGGUGUUGAAGUGGAGAGGUGAUGCGGACACAGGACAAGCCAAGCAUAAAUGCUGGGCUUCAGGCUUCUGCUUCAAUUGUAAUGUGUUCUCAGAAGAGAUAAUUAGUUCUGUUUGGCUGAAUCUGUAUUUGUUUUCUCAGAAUUGCAGCCGUGAAAAGUGAGAAAAGUAGGAGGGGACACAGAAAUAGCAAUUAAGGAAUGUGGUGCGCUUUGUGGUCUUAAAGUGACAUGCAGCACAGCCUCAGCUGUGGGAUAGAACAUCCUGUAGCUGUGAGUUUGAGUAGGGGCAAUGCUGAAGUGUCCUUUUUACAAAACGGGUAGGGCCUGGCAGGGUCUUCAGCAAAACAAAGUGGCCCGUGACCUGCACAACAGUUACCUGUUCUUGGACACGUGGCAGCUUGUUUGUCUCUCCUAGGAGCCUUCAGGCAGGCUUGAGAGAUACUCUGGUGGCCGUCUCCCUUCUGAAGUGUUUCAUGGGGGACCUGUCUCUCGUAACAAGUUGAACUUAAUCCUGAAAUUCGUACUUUUUCUCAACGGGCUUCAGGUGACUAGAAUGAUGUUUGGAUGUAGUAUUUGGUCAAGCUCCCUACAGUACACACCGGGCACCCUGCCAGAUUGAUCACACCAGUUCUUUUCCUUACCUUUUUUAUGGAUUUGAGUUGGAGCAGUACAGAGCUAGGUUCCCUUGAUAUCUGUAAUAAAGCAUUUACGCAGAGGGGGAGUAUGGGCCAUCCUUUUAACGUUGCCAAAAAGAUGCCGCUGAGCAAAGGUUAGAUCACAGUUCAUGCAGGUCCAAAGCCGUGGGGACCUGGUUAUUGACCAUAUGGUUUCUAGACUGGCUGGCUCUGCUGGUGUGGGACUGUUUAGAAAACAGUGACAUGCUGUUCCUCAAACUUUCCCCCAUCCCAAGGCAGGAUCCAGCUCAAAACAAAUUCUGAUGCAGGAGUUGACAGCAAAGAGAAAUACAAAGCAGGCAAUUAUCUGUGCGACAAACCUGAGUAUAGAGGAGGGCAGUAAUCAGAGCUUUGUAGAGACAGUGGCAUUUGAGCUCACACCGAGAAGAGAUCAGGAGGGGUUGAGAGGCAAAUCUUACACCUAGCUAUUCAGGUAUGUGCUGAGUGAACCAGCAACAUUUCAGAGUUUACUCCUUCCAAAGUUUUUAAACAAAUACAAGUUGACAGCAUGAGUUAAUAGUGGCUCAGCACUGUUCAAAUUUGUUACUGGUCUCGCAGUAACUAUUGUAAAAUUAGAUUUACUGUUCCAUGGAGUCAUGGCCUAAGGUGAUGCAAUACCAAAGAGUUGUCUUGCUCAGUAGGAUGCCUUGAUUAAGUAAAGAUUUCAGCAGAAGAGGACUGACUGCCAGCUACAGUGUACUGAAGUUAACAAAAUGAAAAAUGGAACUGAUGCUUCUUCUUUAAAAGGUGCAGUGCUGUGAAAGCUGUUACUGACCAUAGAAGAAUGGACAUGUUGCAGAUACUGCGUAAAACCACAGAGCGUUUAGAGUGUGAUCACUGCAGCUUCAGAGGAACAGACUAUGAAAACAUACAAAUUCAUAUGGGCACCAUACACCCAGAGUAUUGUGAUGAAAUGGAUGCUGCUGGUUUGGGUAAACUUAUAUUUUAUCAAAAAAGUGCAAAACUGUUUCACUGCCACAAAUGUUUCUUUACCAGCAAGAUGUACUGCAAUGUAUAUUAUCACAUCACAGCACAACAUGCAGCACCUGAGAAGUGGAAUGAGGAGCGGAAAGAACAGGUAGAAGCAGAUACAGAUUCCUCCAAAAAAGGCGUCACAGCAGAGCCACAGAAACCUACCCUUUCCCCCGAGUCACGCAAACCUGCCCUUUCUCCUGAACUCCCCAAAUCUGAACCUGUUGUUUCCCCCAAGCUUCACAAAUCAUCGGUGUCCCCAGAGCCCCAGAAGUCGGCUCAGGUGACUUCCUCAGAGCCAGAGAAGUCAGCCCAGACCACGUCCCCCGACCCAGAAAAGUCAUCCCAGGCCACGUCUCCAGAUCCAGAGAAGCUAGCCUCGGCUGUAUCCCCAGACUUGGAGAAGCCGUCUCCUGCUGUGUCCCCCGACCCACAGAAGCCGUCUCCUGCUGUGUCCCCUGACUCACAGAAGCCGUCUCCUGCUGUGUCCCCCGACCCACAGAAGCCAGCCCCGGCUGCGUCUCCCGAGCCCCGUCGGCACUCCCCGGCUGUGUCUCCCGAGCCCCGUCGGCAUUCCCCAGCCAUGUCCCCAGAGCCCCGUCGCCAUUCCCCGGCUGUAUCGCCAGAGCCCCGUCGCCAUUCUCCCGCCGUGUCUCCAGAGCCCCGCAGAUACUCCCCAGCUGUGUCACCAGAGCCAAAGAAACCUACUCCAGCAGUAUCCCCUGAACCGCGAAGGUAUGCCCCAGCUGGGUCUCCCGAGCCCCGGCGGCAUCCCUCUCAAAUGCGUAGGCCUGCUUCUGCUUCUUCUCCUGAAAGCCGGAGGCCUGCUCCUGCAGUUUCACCAGACUCAUGGAGGCCCGGUCCGACUGUCUCCCCCGAGCCCUGGAGAUCUACACCUCAUGAGGUGCAGAAGUCUUCCACGGUUUCUUCCUGGGCUCCCAAGCCUGCCGUGUCGGUGUCUGUAGAAUCCCGGAGGUCUGCCCCCGAGGCCCGAAGGCCUGGCCCUGUUGUGUCUCCAGAGCCGAGGAGGCUUGUUACUGACUCGUGGAAAUCUACAUCCUUUUCGGAAUCCCAGAAGUCUACUCUUGUUUCUUCUGAGCCGUGGAAACCCAUCUCAUCUGUUUACCCUGAAGGCUGGAAACCUGUUCUGUCCCCUGACACAUGGAAGCAUUCUCCCCCUGUUUCUCCUGAGCUUCGAAAGUCUAGUCACACAGUUUCCUCUGACUCUUGGAAGCCUUCUUACUUUCCUGAGGUCCGUAAGCCUGGUGCUUCGGUAUCUCCUGAAUCUUGGAAACUCUCUGAGUCCCGGAAGUCUAUGUUUUUUUCUGAAACUCAGAAAUCCACCUCCGCUGCUUCCUCUGAGGUUCAGAAACGGGCUCAUUUCCCGGAACCUCGAAAAAGAGCUCUGUUCCCAGAGUCUCGUAAAUCUAAUCCCACUGUUUCUUCUGAUGUGCAGAAACGUGCUGUCUUUUCUGAGCCCCAGAACCAGGUGUCUACUUCUGCUGUUUCUACUGAAGGCCAAAAACAUGCCCUAUGUUCUGAAGCCCAGAAAUCAGCUCUUGUUUCUCCUGAAGUCCAGAAGCAUACCCUAUUUUCUGAAGCCCAGAAACUUGCUCCCAUUUCUCCUGAAGUUCAGGAGCAUACUUCCUUUCCAGAGUCUCAGAAAUCUGCUUCUCCUGAAAUUCAGAAACAUGGCCUCUUUACCGAGUCCCAGAAACCUACUCCUUCUGUUUCUCCCGAGACCCCCAAACAAGGUGUUUUUACUGACUCUCAGAAAUCUGCCAUUUCCCCUGAUGUUCAAAAGCAUGCUGUAUUUUCUGAGAUGCAGAAGCCUGCUGCUGCUUUAUCCUGUGAUGUCCAGAGACAUGCUGAAACUACUGUACCUUCUGAAAUCCAGAAGAAUAUCCUGUUUUCCGAGUCUCACAAGUCUGCUCCAGGUAUUUCCUCCGAGCCCCAGACACCUAGUGAGUCUGGGGAGAGUGACUUUCUUUCUCACAGUUUGGAUGAUCAGAAACCACUGGAUGAUUUAUUCUCACAGGAUGAGCAAUCGUUAUUAGCCAAAGAAUCACCAGAUGACAUGUUAUAUUCAUGCCCCAAAAAGAAGCCCAAGAAGGAAAUCCAGGAGAAUUCAGAUUCUGAACUAAAUAGCAGCGAGUGUGGAAAGACAGAGAUGGACUCGAUGGAGAUAAAGGAGCAAGAAUCCAACAGUGACCAAGAGCAAUACGAUAUGGAGUCAUCUGAUUAUGGCAAAGAGAGCAAAAUAGAUGCAACUACUCCCAUGCAGCCACAGUGUGUGCUGCAGUUUACUGAAGAGAAAGAGGCUUUCAUCUCCGAGGAAGAAAUAGCAAAAUACAUGAAGCGUGGCAAGGGAAAGUAUUAUUGCAAAAUUUGUUGCUGUCGUGCAAUGAAAAAAGGUGCCGUCUUGCACCAUUUAGUUAACAAGCAUAAUGUUCAAAGCCCAUACAAAUGUAAAAUAUGUGGCAAAGCUUUUCUCUUGGAGUCUCUUCUUAAAAACCAUGUUGCUGCUCAUGGUCAAAGUUUGUUGAAGUGUCCACGUUGCAAUUUUGAAUCAAAUUUUCCCCGAGGCUUUAAGAAACAUUUAACCCAUUGCCAAAGCCGUCAUAGCGAUGAUACACCUAAAAAACACUUGGACAGCCUUGAACCACUUGAAGAACAAAUUUAAUCUGUUUUUUUCCCUUGUGCUAGAAAAGCUGAAUUUACAGAAGUGUUCAGAAGUGUUGCUGUAUGUUAACCGAGUAGUUUAGGUGAUCUGACAAGUCAGAAGAUGCAUGGUUUAUUGUACUAUGUUUAACUUGUCUUAUAGCUGUAUUACUGAGAUGAUUUACUUUUGAAAGUAAUUUUAAAUACGUGUUCACGUCUUUGUAUUACCCAUCAGUAGAGUCAUAUUUUAUUUUUCUGAUGUACUAUGUUUUUGAAACCAAAUUGGAUACAAAAUAGUUUUUUAAAGAUUUGUAAAACAUACAGGCAAUUAAGGACUGGAGUGGCAAGCAAUCCAUAUAGUCUUCACAGGAAUUAACUUGUUUUUUCACAUUUGUUAAAUGUUGUAUUUUUCAAAAUGUUUUUAUCAAAUUCUCAAAAUUAAAAUUCUCACCAAAUUGAAUGUGAAUGAGCCAGGCAUGAGAAACUACCAAUCCUUCUGGAAUAAUUCUGCCCUGAGGUUGGAAUUGAGUGUAUAGUCAUUCAUUGGAAAUUCAUUGCACUCAAUUCUCUGACUUACUUGUCUCAGAUUUAGAAGCAUCAAGGUACUUAUUUUGUGACUGUAUUUUGGCCAUGUUUUAAGCAUGUACUAAUAUACCUUAAAUUGAUGGAUUAACGUCAGCCUAUGUAUAGCUCAACACUUUCUCUUGAUGAUUCAGAUGUUUGUAAUGUCAGAUACCCCCUAAAUUUCUUGUAUCUGGUGAAAUGUUAUGCUUUAAUCUUUUAACAAUAAAAGGAAACCCAACCUGG